AUGGCUUCUGAGCACAACAUGUUCCAUGAGGAAGAAGGAAAGGAUGAAGCUGGAAGAAGCAGAAGCAGGAGCAGAAGGACAAAUGGAAAGGGUCCAAAGAAGCCACCCCAGAGAGGUUUGGGUGUGGCUCAGUUAGAAAGGUUGAGGAUUCAAGAGUCUUGGAAAAAGAUGAGUGAAGGGUCUUCUGGAGUACUUCCACCAGUAACUACCCUCCAUGAUCAUCAUCAUCAUCAUCAUCAUCAUCAACAACAACUUUUUCAGCGCCACCCAUCACCAAACCUUGGCUUUCAGUUUCAGUGCCCUCAACAACAUGUGAUCAGUGGAAACAACACUAUUGGUGGAAGCUGGAUAGUUCCUAACAGGGUUGUUGGUAAUGGUUCCUACGGAUCUGGUCCUCCACUUUUGGUUGGAACCCCUCUCGAGACCUCGAAAGAGCUCUCUUCAAUUCCAAAUCUCCAUUCUCAACCUGAAUGUUUUGAUUUUUGCCUCAAGAAAACACGUUUCAAUGAAGACAAUGAAAAGGGAUCAAAUGCAAGGAGGGAGAGGAGUUUAGAGAUAUGGUCCAAUGGCCAUGAUUUUCUAGGAUUUAUGCCCCAAUCUUCUGUCUCAAGCCUUGUUGGGGAAACCGGUGAUUUGUAUGACAAACUGGGCAGGCAUGAUUCUGCUAGUGCUUAUGCUUGUGCAACUCCCAAUGAUGAGUGUGUAGAGGUUGUUGCGGUUCACAGGAGGGGAAACUCAGGGAGUGGCAGGGUUUUCAUGGAAUAUGAGUUUUUCCCAGGAAAAGAUGGCAGAGACACUACUCCCAAGGAGCUGGAAUUGGCCACAAUAGGUUCAGUUGGUGUAGAUGGUGGUGAAGCUUCUUCUAUCACUGCUGCAGCCUAUGGAGAUUCUGCUUCUAAUUAUAUUGAUUUGUCUCUGAAGCUCUCACGCUAG